AUGGCUUCUGCCAGUACAAGCGAGAGGAGUCGGAGCAGGAGCAGGAGUAGGAGCAAGCCUCGCUCUGUGGCGAAGAAACCUUCAUUUCGAGAUGAAUUGCAGCUGGUAGCUGUUCGCUACGAGAAGACGAGCCAGGGCGACCUACCCAUCCCCAUUACGAGCCGCAAUUCACGCCCAAGCUCAUCGUCACGACCAGCCACUGCCUCUCGCCCUACUUCUGCAUCCUCCUCCGUCUCCUACGGCGGCCCUAUCGUGGUGAUCCCUCCGAUUCCCCCUAUCGCACCGCCUACAGAGGAGCACCCGGCCCUGCGUGCGUCCGGCCCUGUUCUGACCCAGAGGAUAACCCCGGUGGAACGCAAGCGAGACUCGGGUCAUGCUACAUCCAGCGCAUCGUCUUCGACGCCUACGAUCAACGAGGAGGACAUCGAGAAUGACUGUGGGGCCGAGUACCUGUCAACGACGCCGCCUCUUAGGACAAUGUCUCCAGCCAUGCUCUCCAUCCAGGAAAGCGUCGAGGAGGACGAUGAAGAUGGGCUCUGCACACCGACUGCAUCAUUCGAGAUGCGACUCUCGGAGGAGGUCGACAUGCGUCCCAGGGCUCCGGUGGCACGCUCGAGCUUCAGUGGAUCUGAACGCACCGAGAGGAUGAUUGCUCCGGCCAGCCCUCGUCGCCCUCACACCCGCUGCGCCGAGGUUCCUGUGAUGCCCAAGCCGGAAGCGUUUGUGGUCCGCCCCAAGACAUCGACCGCUGCCGACAAGUCAUUGUCGCUGCCAAAGACAAAGAAGGCGCCCAAGAAGAAGCAGAUGGGCCGCAGCUUCAGCUUCCUCUCAACGGCCUCCUCGUGGCUGCACCAGGACCAGGAAGGCUUAGUCAGCGAGCCCGAGCAGGCCCAGAAGCCCCAUCCCGUACGGGAAAUGAGGCCGGCCCAUGCCUGGGGGACCACUGCAACUGGCACUGGCACAGGCUCAGGCCCCGGCUCAGGCAAACCAGCCCACCCACCCCUGCGCCGGUGCCCUGCGUCCCCUGAAGCACCUGGCAGCAUGAACAGUCAGCCACCGUCGGCGCCACUAGCACCACCCUCCCGCCGCCCUGCUGCUAGUGCUGUCACCUCCCUCUUCAAACGGGCCGCAUUUUCCACGAAGCCAAAAGCGCACUCCAAACGCGGGCCCGACCCUGACUUGGAUCCCUUCACUCCUCUCACCGUUGCCAUUCCGUCGUCUAGCUUGCUCGAUGAUGGAUUCAUGACCGGCCUGACCUUCUCAAACCGCGGCAGUGUCAUGUUUGGCGGCCAUCGCGCGCUUGGCUUUGACGGUUUAAUCAUGGACCAUCACGACAGCUACCCACGUGCCAGCAUCGAGUCUGGCACUGGUGUGGACAAUGGCAAAUGCGCAACUCCUCCUCCCUCCCUCACCGCCGCACCGAAACCAAUCACCAUCUCAAUUGACCGCCCCUCGAGCGCUGCGACCGACGCGACGCCCGAAACCGGCUACAAGACGCCUGACGCUGCUUCCAAGUCGCAACCGACGCACGAGUCCUUGGAUGUGCCGAGUUCCACUCCCAACAUUCAAGUGCUCGAUGCCGAAGUCGAGUUGGAAUCGCGCAAGGUGAGGUCGCUCUACGCCAACGGUGGUGCUCCCGGCCAAGAGUCUCUGGACGACCGCCGAUCCCCUCUCAUCGAGGAGCAUUCGGCCGAGGAGAGCGAUCGUGAUUCUCUCGCUCAGCUACCGAGCACACCAAGACGCGCCGAUUCUUUGCUUAAGCCCGAUGGAUCUAAGAGUGAUGGAAGGCGAGCAGGCGCACUCGAGGAUUGGGAUGACCUCGAAGGCGCCCACAUCGACAGAUACGGUUUCAUCAGCAUCCCCCGGCCCGACUCAUCGAGGCAUUCAUCCACAGAACUAAAAGCGGCGCAACUAUCGCCCCGGCGGCGAACCCUACUCCAUAGGAAGGAUGGCGGCAGUCUAUCGUCGUCCGGCGGGAGACCCUUCCCCAGCCGGAAGAUGUCUGCGCGAUCCCUCAACACUUACCAUUCAGGCCUGUCGGCUACGUCUCUCCGAUCAUCACGGUCGGUAAUACGACAGGCGAGCAACAUGCUACCCCAAAAUCGCGACCGGCGCGUGGUGGAUGGGGCCAGUGAAAUGUUGACACCAGGUUUACAUGAUAUCGCUGAUGAAGUGCGGGCCGAGAAGAUAUCCGAAGCACUCAAGCGAAAGGAAUGGGAGAGGUCGGAGAAGUGGCGGAAAAUGGCGAAGAACGUCAGGAAGGGUGCCCGGGGCGAGGGCACGGAAUUCGAAUUCGAUGUCAAAAACCCAAAACUAAUUGAAAGAACGUGGAAGGGAAUCCCCGAUCGGUGGCGCGCAGCUGCUUGGUGGUCGUUCUUGGCUUCGAGUGCCCAAAAUGACACCGAAUCGCCGUCGGAAGAGGAUAUCAUCAAAGCAUUUCACGAGCUUCAGGACAGAAGCUCACCGGACGACGUCCAGAUCGAUCUAGAUGUGCCCAGAACGGUUAGUCUGCACAUCAUGUUUCGACGAAGAUACGAAGGUGGCCAGCGUUUACUAUUCCGCGUACUGCACGCCCUAUCGAUAUACUUCCCCGAAACCGGGUACGUGCAAGGAAUGGCAUCGCUAGGCGCGACACUACUCUGUUAUUUCGACGAGGAGAAGUCUUUCGUCAUGCUGGUGCGAAUGUGGCAGCUACGCGGACUAGAACGACUCUAUCGUCAUGGCUUCGAAGGCCUAAUGACAGCGUUGAAUGAGUUUGAGACUAUUUGGCUCCAUAAGGAUGUCGCCAAAAAGCUCUCUGAACUCGGAAUUGAGGCUACCGCAUAUGGGACGCGGUGGUACCUAACUCUUUUCAACCUCUCUCUUCCUUUCCCAGCACAGCUUCGUGUCUGGGAUGUCUUCUUACUCCUUGGUGACAGCGGAUCCAACCCAGUCGAGGCCAAGCCACAGAACAAGAAGUCUGCGGCGACGCCAAUCGGUCCGCCGACGGGGCUCGGCAUCCUACAUGCCACAAGCGCAGCCAUCGUGCAAGCAUUGAGAGAGGUCCUUCUCGACUCUGAUUUUGAGAACGCCAUGAAGUCCCUCACGUCAUUCGUAUCUAUACAAGACGAGGAUCUUCUCAUGAAAGUCUCAAAAGCAGAGUGGAAGUCCCAUAAAGGCAAACGGAAGGCAUAG